AUAUAUAUACUAUAUAUAUAUUUAUGAAGUAGCUUUUUUCGGUCAAUAGUAACUAAUCUUUCAUAAUGUACGCAUUUUUUGGUCUUUUGAUUGCCUCUUUGGCAGCAAUCAGUCAUGCUGGAAAUCCUCAAAUCGUCGGUGGGACUGAUGCUGUAGUCGGAGAACAUCCUUAUAUGGUAUCUUUAAGAAACCUAAACAGGCAUUUCUGCGGCGGAUCUAUUAUCUCUAAGCGUUACAUUCUCACCGCGGCUCACUGUCUUAUGCAGAUUAAUGAUCCCAGUGAUCUGAAAGACAUAACAGUUCAUGCGGGCACAAAUCUUUUAAGUGAAUCUGGUAAUGUUUAUGAGACUGACAAAGCCAUUCUCCAUCCCGAUUUUAAUUUGCCUUUAAUUCGCAACGAUAUUGGAUUGCUCCACUUAAAACAAGACAUAAAAUAUAAUGAAUUAGUGCAACCAAUCUCUAUCGCAAAGACGAAUUCCGUCCUGGUUGGCGAUCCUUGCUUCUUAACAGGAUGGGGAACACUCGAGUUCAGAGGCAAAGUACCUGAGAAACUACAAAAAGUUGAUCUGAAAGUUUACUCACAAUUACAAUGUAAAGUUGCAUUCUGGAAUGUGAAAGAUAGUCAUAUUUGCGCAUUUGCAAAAUAUGGCCAAGGAGCCUGUCAUGGUGAUUCCGGUAGUCCGCUUGUUUCUAAUGGCAUUCAAAUCGGCCUUGCCUCGUUUGUUCGACCAUGCGCUGUAGGAUAUCCGGAUGUAUACACCAGGACGUCCUCUUUCAUAGACUGGAUCACUCAACACACCAAUACUGAAUCUGGAACUCCUCAAAUCGUCGGUGGGACUGAUGCUGUAGUCGGAGAACAUCCUUAUAUGGCAUCUUUAAGAAAGCAAAACAAGCAUUUCUGUGGCGGAUCUAUUAUCUCUAAGCGUUACAUUCUCACCGCGGCUCACUGUCUUAUGCUGAUUAACGAUCCCAGUGAUCUGAAAGACAUAACAGUUCAUGCGGGCACAAAUCUUUUAAGUGAAUCUGGUAAUGUUUAUGAGACUGACGAAGCCAUUCUCCAUCCCGAUUUUGAUUUGUCUUUAAUUCACAACGAUAUUGGAUUGCUCCACUUAAAAACAGACAUAGAAUAUAAUAAAUUAGUGCAACCAAUCUCUAUCGCAAAGACGAAUUCCGUCCUGGUUGGCGAUCCUUGCUUCUUAACAGGAUGGGGAAAACUCGAGUUCUCAGGCAAAGUACCUAAUAAGCUACAAAAAAUUGAUCAAAAGAUUUAUUCGCAAUUACUAUGUAAAGUUGCAUUCGAGAAUGUAAAAGAUAGUCAUAUUUGCGCAUUUGCAAAAUAUGGCCAAGGAGCCUGUCAUGGUGAUUCCGGUAGUCCACUUGUUUCUAAUGGCGUUCAAAUCGGCAUUACCUCGUUUAUUCAACCAUGCGCUGUAGGAUAUCCGGAUGUAUACACCAGGACGUACUCUUUUAUAGACUGGAUCACUCAACACACCAAUACUGAAUAAUAAAAUAUUAUCUAUUAUUUUAUUUAAAAUUAAAUAUCACCGGUUUUUUCU